AGAAAACCAAGAAUUAUUCUUGAAUCAACAUCGGUAGUAGCCGAUCUGGCAACAUCAGCAACAAAAACAAACUCCAUCAUUAUAGUCCACUGCAAAGGGAAAAGGGAAAAGACGCCUAAUCCGUUUUUCUCACUUCUUUCAUUCUGAUCUUUAUCUUUUCUUCUCUAUUUUCGAAGUGUACAUCGUUGUAAUCAAACUUCCAUAAUCCUCUUCUUUUUCUUUUUCUUUCUUACUUAAAGCCGCGACCGUUUGUUUUCAGAGUGAGACGUGAACUUCAUUGUUUUUACUCUUGUUGGCUCCGAUUAAACAAACACAUUCAAAGUAAAGAAGAAGAAAAACGCGAGCGUUCACCGAGAACAAACCCUACACGAUGUCUUCCCUCGAUGCACUUGUGAAGCAGUGGCUGGAGUGGGACCACGAUCCGGUCACACGAGCGGCGGUAGAGGCGCUGGUAGCGAAGAACGACACGGCAACGCUGCAGAGCAUUUUGGGCUCGCGCAUGACCUUUGGCACGGCCGGUCUGCGCGCCACCAUGGGCCCCGGAAACGCGCACAUGAACCGUCUCACCGUACUCCAGACCGCCCAGGGCCUUGCUGCCUACCUUCGCGAGAAGUAUUCUGCCUCCGAGUUGAGCCGUGGCAUCGUGAUCGGCUUCGAUGGCCGCCACAACAGCCGCGUCUUCGCCGAGAUGUCGGCGACGGUGAUGCACCAGCAGGGGCUCAAGACGUACCUCUAUCGCCGCUGCGCCCCCACCCCCUUCGUGCCCUACGGCGUCACCCACUUCAAGGCGCUGGCGGGUGUGAUGGUGACGGCGAGCCACAACCCCAAGGAGUACAACGGCUUUAAGGUGUACGCGGAGAACGGCGCGCAGAUCGUCUCCCCCAUCGACCAGGCGAUUGCUGCGUCCAUCGAGGCCCACCUCACCCCGCUCCCGUCCUCCUGGGCGCCCUUCGCCGAGGGCGACCACAUCGAACCCUACGACGAAGUCUUCGCGAGCUACUUCAAGACGCUGCAGGAGUCCUACGCGCCGGUGGGCGAUGCAACAGCGGUGCGCUUUACCUACACGGCGAUGCACGGCGUCGGCACCGACUUCACCACCCACGCCCUGCGGCACGUGCUGAAGAUUCCGGAGGAGCACCUGAGUGUCGUUCCGGACCAGGCGCGGCCGGACCCAGACUUCCCCACCAUCCGCUUCCCCAACCCGGAGGAGGGCAAGACCUCGCUCGCGCUGUCGUUUGUGACGGCCGAUCGCAACGAUGCGUCCAUCGUCUUGGCGAACGACCCCGACGCGGACCGCCUUGCCGUGGCGGAGCGCCUGCCAGACGGCCAGGGCUGGAAGUGCUUCACCGGCAACGAGCUCGGCACCUUGCUGGGCUGGUGGGCGAUCGAGUGCGCGCGUCGCCGCGGUGCGCCGCUGAAGAAGUGCCUGAUGCUGUCCACGGUGGUCAGCUCCUGUGUGCUGCGGACGAUGGCGGUGCACGAGGGUGUGCAGUACUCUGAGACGCUGACGGGGUUCAAGUUCAUGGGCAACGUGGCCAUGCAGCGGGAGGCGGCGGAGGGGCUCGAGCCGAUCUUUGCCUUUGAGGAGGCGAUCGGCUUCAUGUGGGGUCGGCGGGUGAUGGACAAGGAUGGCGUGACGGCGGCCACCGUCAUGGCGGACAUGGCGUGCUACUUGCGCACGGAGAAGCACCGGUCGCUGGUGGAGCAAUUGGAGGCGAUCUACAAGAAGUACGGCUACCACUUCACAUACAACUCCUACACCACCUCGGAUGAUCCGGCCAAGACGGGCCUGCUGCUGGAGGGCAUCCGCACCUCCGAGGACGGCCACUACCCGACCACCGUGGACGGCCGUAAGGUGACGCGGGUGGUGGACCUCGUCACGCAGAUUGACACCGCCGAACCGUCGGGCCGCUCGCAGCACGCGAAGGAGCCGCUGAUCACGCUGUACGUCGAGGGCGGCAUCCGCAUCACCAUUCGCGGCAGCGGCACGGAGCCGAAGAUCAAGUGGUACGCAGAGAUCGUGACAGAGGAUCCCGCCGGCGCUGAGCAACUGAACGCGUUUGUUGCCAAGGCGGUGGAGCAGCUGAUGCAGCCGAAGAAGUUUGGACUGGUGAUGCGUCCAGAGGACAUCGCCAUCUUCAGCAAGCUCUAA